UCCUACGCGGUUUAUUACUGAUUCGUGUAUACGAGGGCGAUUCGUAUAGGCGGUUUAUAUUGGCCCUGGAUAUCUGGAAGCCUCACCUGAAUACCUGAUUUUGAUCUUGUUCUAUUGAUUUGUCGUGUGUUCUUCGAAUUCCAUCGGAAGAAGAAGAGGGGAUUUGACUAACUCGAUCGGCAGCCAAUUAAUUUAGUCGCUGACUUCAUCAGUUCAUCUUAAUAAUGGAUUUCGAGGAGUAUCUCAACUUGCAAUCGGCGACGUUCGCGCAGCUGUACCGCUGCUUGCCGAUCUCGCUUCUCAAGAAGGAGAACGCCGACGAUGGCAACAGGGUCUUCAUGCCUGUAUCUGCUCUUGAUCGGCUCGGGUAUCUGCACAUCGAGUACCCGAUGCAGUUUCAGAUUCAGAACGCCACCACGCUGCAGACCUCGUACUGCGGCGUGCUCGAGUUCACCGCCGACGAGGGCUUCAUCCACAUCCCGACCAUGAUGAUGGAGCACUUGGGCCUGCGAGAGAACGAUCUCGUGCUGCUGCGAAGCACGUCGAUCCCCAAGGCCACCUUCAUCAAGCUGCAGCCUCACACCUCUGACUUCCACAAGCUUUCUGAACCAAGAUACCUGCUGGAGUACAACUUCCGCAACUACUUCUGCCUUACGACCGGCGAGACGAUCGCCGUGGCGGCGGGGGACAGGUUCUACUACCUCGACGUCGUGGAGACGAGGCCGGCCGACGCUGUCUGCGUCAUCGAGACCGACUGCGAGGUCGAGUUCGACCAGGCCCUCGACCAAGCGGAGCCCGCCGCCGCCGCCGCCAUGCAGGUCGACGGCGUCGGCGCCGGCGAGCCGGAGCCGGCCCGGUUCACCGGCUUCAGGAUGCGGAUGGACGGCAAGCCGGUGGAGGAGGAGAAGAAGACGAUGCCGCCGCCGGCGACGGCGGCGGCGCCGCCCAAAAGGGGGCUUCGGUUUGGCUCGUCGGCUCCUGCCGCCGGUGGUGGCGUCAAGGAGGCCAAGUCCGGCGAGAAAGACGAUGGGAAUCGGUUCACCGGCAAGAAGUAUUCUCUGCAGUUUUAAAAGAACAAAAAAUGGGAUUUCUUGGUGCAUCGAUAUUUGAAAACGAGAGAAUUUGCAUCGAUGUUGACGAAUUCGCUGAUAUUCGCGUUCGCGAAAAAAAAUUCGCUGAUAUUCAUACGAUCUCUUUUUUUUUUUUCCUUGUAAGUUUUCGUAACGAGGAUCAAAUAUAUGUGCAUGUGUUUGUGAUGAAAUAGGUACCUGCUCAGUGACGUGGCUUUCAGAUUUUGUUUGCUAAUGGUAGAGCAGAGUAUUGUGUCCAA